AUGAUCUAUUCCACAUGGCUCGCCCUCGUGGUGGCCAGUCAGGUCAUCCGCCUGGUACAUGCAAAAGCUGUAUUUGCACAUUUCAUGGUCACCAACUCCCAGAAUUACACAGCCUCUGACUGGGAGUCGGACAUGAAAUUAGCCAAAGAUGCUCAUAUUGAUGCUUUUGCCAUGAACAUGGCGUGGAAGGACAGCACCAACGACCCUUCCCUUGAGAUGGCCUUCAAUGCCGCUAAUUCCGUGGGCUUUAAGCUCUUCUUUUCAUUUGACUACGCCGGGAAUGGGCCAUGGAGCCAGGAUACAGUCAUCCACAUGAUACAGCAGUAUGGCUCCAACGGUGCUUAUUUCCAGUAUAAAGGGAAGCCUUUUGUCUCGACCUUUGAAGGUCCUCGCAAUGCAGAGGACUGGGUGAUUAUCAAGGCACAGACAGGCUGUUUCUUCAUCCCAGACUGGUCCUCUGUUGGUGCUAAGCCAGCUGCAGCAUUAGCAAAUGGUGUGGCUGAUGGACUAUUCAGCUGGUCUGCUUGGCCAUGGGGCAAUCAGACAAUGGAUACCUAUACUGAUGCUUCCUAUAUUCAAUACUUGAAAGGAAAGCCCUAUAUGAUGGCAAUCUCUCCUUGGUUCUACACCAAUCUUAUGGGUUACAACAAGAACUGGCUUUGGAAGGGUGAUAGGCUCUGGUUUGAUCGAUGGCAAGAACUCUUGGGUCUUGAUCCAAUGCCUGAAUUUGUUGAGAUUAUUUCCUGGAAUGACUACGGUGAAUCGCAUUAUAUUGGCCCGCUCUACGGGAAAGCCAUGGCUGCCUUCGACAUCGGCAAAUCAAUAUAUAACUACGCAUCGGACUAUCCCCAUGACGGUUGGCGUGAUGUCCUACCUUUCCUGAUUGAUCUUUACAAGAAUGGCCAGGCCAGUAUUGACCAUGAUACUGUGGUCUUUUGGUAUCGGCCCCACCCAGCGUCUGCUUGCUUCACUGGAGGUACGACAGUGAAUACAGCCUCCCAGCUACAGAUUGAGUUUGAGCCAGCAAGUGCUCUGGAAGAUCGUGUAUAUGUCAUGGCACUGCUAUCUAAUGGCAAUCAUGCUGUAAGGGUCUUUGCUGGGGGCGACCAUGGAUAUGUUAAAUGGGAAACACGGCCAGAUGCUGAGAUUGGAACUGGGAUCUUCUUUGGCAGUGUGCCAUUUUACCCGGGUAAGGUCGGUGUCGAGCUUUCCAGAGGUGAUAGCGAGAUUGGCAGCGCUGUAGGCCUUGAGAUAUCUAAUCGAUGUGAGGAGGGAUUUAACAACUAUAAUGCUUGGGUAGGCAGUUUCACCGGAACAGGCAUCGGCACGGAAGGGAAUACUGGGGUUGCGCUCAAAGAUCAAGCAUGUAUCCGAGGCAAAGGAGCAUAUGAUUUCAAUGAUCUAUGCAACUUUACAUGCUCUUAUGGCUACUGCCCAGUUGGAGCAUGUACCUGUGAGCAAAUGGGAGUUCCACGCACGAAGCCUAAUGCAACAGGGGUCAUUGGACACCCUGCAGAAGGCAGGGAUGCAAACUACCUGGGUCUAUGCAGCUUUGCCUGCAAUUAUGGCCACUGUCCAUCUAAGACGUGCGACACCCAGGAGCAUCCCAUGCCGGUCCCAACAGUGUCAGACUUCCUGCCUCCUGCGUGUACCGAAGGCACCGGUAAUGGCACCUCCAUUGGUUUGUGCUCCUACGCCUGCGGUUUCGGCUAUUGUCCUAUCAAUCUGUGCAAGUGCACCAAAACAGGGGCCCUUGUUGAGCCCCCUCCCCAGACCAAGGGAGCUGGCAUGGCGGCCGCCGGCAUGUCAGACGUGCUGAAUAAUCUCUGCGACUUCACCUGCAGCCGAGGGUAUUGCCCACCGGAGACAUGCAUGUACAAGGAUGAACUUGCAGUUGCGAAUAUCAAGCCGAACUUGAGGUGGGGUGGCCAGGGUGCAGCUGUCUGCGACGACACUCAAAAAAUGAUAAUUCUGUUGGAAGUCAGAUUCGCAAUUCUCAUGGCGCAAACAGCACAAGACAACUUGCAGUCGUACGGCUUCUACGAUACAUUCUUCUCGCAAGGCGUGCGAAAUCGGCCGGAUUUUGCCAAACAAGCAUCUGGCGUCUACCAGAGAGUUGCAUCGAUGCUGGAUGGCUCUUCGGGCAAUUCGGGCCCUAGCUAUGAGCUCAAGAUCACUUGUGACUUUAAUGCAGAUCCAUGUAAGAAAGCACAGAACCCGGAUGUCGCUUACAUGAACCCCGGAAAAUUCACAGUGAAUAUCUGUGACCGUUUCUUUUCGGAUCCUGGUAUUACAGCCACGACUGAUAAGUAUGCGCAUCCGCCGGCAAGCAUUAUCGAUGCACACCAUACAAGAGCAUCCGUCCUUCUUCAUGAAAUGACACAUUCGAAGUACGCAAUGAAAACAACGUCGGGACUUAAAACCCAAGAUUACGCGUACGGAUGGCAAAGUUGCAAACUCCUUGCCGAGGGUACUUUCAACCGAGGAUGUGAGGCCUACGCUGGUCUCAAGGGGAAUCUUUGUGCAGAUAAAACCGACCCUACGAAGGAUUGGGUGUGUGAUGCCGACUUUUCCGCACAAAAUGCAGAUACAUGGGCUGUGAUUGCGGCAGGCAUUUUCUUCAGCCACGAGACGGGGAGACAAAUCCCACUCUACCCGCCAACUCCUGUGUCUGCAAGAGCUGUUUCUGGGCUGUCCGCUAGAGAUGGGUGUGUACGGCACGAUGACAUUAUAUUUGACUCAGGAAGCGGAUUUGAGAUCAACGGCUUGGUUUCCUUUGGUGAUUCUUUCGCCGCGGGCAUGGGUACCGCCGAGACGACAAGGGACAAAUGCCGUGUUGGUGGAAAUAAUUAUGGUGAUCUGAUUCAUCGGCAUCUCGGAGACGAUACACUGUCUAUUGAGAAGAAGGUCUGCUCUGGUGACACAACAAUUGGCCUCCAACGUCAGAUCKGGGAAUGGACGGGUUCAUCCCCUGCAAACCUGGGCACAUUGACUAUGGGAGGAAAUGAUCUUGGUUUCUCGGACAUCGUUUGGUACUGCGUUAUAACUCCGCUUACGUGGAUACCCUCAUCGUGGAAUCGCGCCAAUUGCGAGGCUGCAAAGGAUAAAGCUCGCGCUUUGAUGAAUGACCAGGGAGAAAGUGGCCUGCAUUAUAAGCUCAAAACUCUCUACAAGAGUAUCCUGAACAAGGCAGAAGACCAUGACUUUGCUCUCAUUGUCACUGGUUACACUGGAUUCUUCAAUCAUGACACCACCGAUUGUGACCAGAGCACCUUCCAUUACUUGUGGGCUGGUUAUAAUCCUCCUAGUGAUGGGUUCGUGGAUCGGGUCGUUUACCUUACCACGUCGCUACGUACGGAACUGAACGGCCUGGUCGGUCAGCUCAACAACUUGAUUGAAGCUGCCGUUCAAGGUGCCAAUUCCGAGUUAGGAUCCACCAAUGUUCACUAUGUUGACGUCCAAUCGAACUUUGACAGCCACCGCUGGUGUGAGCAAGGGGUUCAUGAGCCCGACGCCAGCGCUCCAAACACCUACUUCUUUUUGAGCGGCUGGACCGAUUUUCCUCUAGACAACACUGCUGUCACAUCGUCCGAUUCUGCCGAUAUUGCCUCCCUUAUGCAGACCGGGGUCAACCUUCCAGAGGCGUCAACUUGCCAGCAAACAAUAGGCUCGGAUCCAGACCCGUAUGAAAAAUUCCUGUGUCUGGCUUCUAUUGCGAUCAACGAAGACCCGAAUGGACCAGUAGCUUGGUCGUACAACAAUGCGACCCAGGCCAUCAAAGAUGGGAAUGUGAACUCGCAGCAUGUCUCCGACUGGUAUCCUACUCGACAGAUCAAAACUUUCCACCCACGGAGUCCUGGAAUGGGACUUUACCGUGAUGCUAUUCUACAAAAGAUUGAUGCUAUAAUGGACACUUAA